AUGAUCUCUGCUCUAUAUAUACUACAUCGUCCUGAUUCAAGUUUACCUUUCCUGCAGAAUGACCUUCUCCUCUACAGAGGUUAUCACAAUGACGUACCAAAUUUUGACAUAAUUUUGGGUGCAUUCUGCAAGACUUAUCAUAAGAAAUUGCCCGAGGAGAAGUCACCCUUUCUCUUGAUUGAGGGUAUAAGCUAUAUUUAUGUGACAGGCAAGUAUGACAUAGUGCUAUUGGCGGUAUCACGACAGAAUGCCAAUGCAAUGCUGACGGUUGUAUUUUUGAAUAAUAUAUACAAGCUUUUACAUCUCUAUUUGACAACAGCGAAGGUUCCAGUUGCCGGUUCUACCGGUCAAACUGGCCGCCAUACUACAACUACAGCACCUUCUCAUGAUAAAAUCAAAGGACAAGUCACUCAUACUGCAUUGGACCGGGACACAAUUUCCGAUAACGCUACCUUGAUCCACGAACUCUUGGAUGAAUGCAUGGACUUUGGAGUAAUACAGACCACAGACUACAAUAUUUUGAAGGAAUAUAUCAAGGUAGCUGUUAAUAGAUCCGUACAUGCGGAGAAUGACAAUCAGUAUGACCUGUCGAGUAGCUCGGAUUCGAGUGGUGAAGAUAGCUCCCAUAACAUAAACGACGCUAUCAAGAUGUACAUGAAUAAAAAGGGAAAGAAGAAGGGGGACAAAAAGAAAAGCAAAGCAGAGCUAAAAAACAUCAAAUCUACACACAACCAACCAGUUUCCAUGCAUGACAUAGAGGAAAAGCGAUAUAUCAACAGUUCUAUAUUAAGAACUUCUUCACUGGCUAUCAACUGGAGACCUAAGGGUAUUUUCUAUGCAAAAAAUGAGAUUUACAUUGAUCUUAUAGAGAAUUGCGAGUUUUACUUUGACUUAGGGUCUGAGGUGAUAAAAAGGAAUGAAAUAUUUGGGAGAUGUGAUGUUAAAUGUUACCUCUCAGGUAUGCCAGCCUGUAAAGUUGAAUUUAACGAAAAACACAUUUCAGGAAUAGAGGUUGAUGAUGACGAAACAGAACAUUCAGAUAAAAACAAGGAUACAGAAGGAGGUAACAUUUUACCAACAUCUGAUGACGAAGAUGAUGAAGGAUCGACUUCUACCAUUGGUACUACCAAGGGAAAACAUAUACCAAUCCGUAACAUUCAAUUCCAUCAAUGCAUAGAUUUAAGUCUGCUAUAUAAGGAAAAUCUUGUCAAAUUUACUCCACCGGACGAUAAAUUUACACUCUUAACUUACCAUGUUGAGCAGCAAAAACAGAUCAGGAAAUUGCCAUUGAUUAAGAUUACCCCAGUUUAUAAAUUGAACCAGAAAUCGAAGACUUUACAGAUUAUGUGUACUUUAUCCACACAGUUUAAGAAAAGGCUAAAGACUCAAAAUCUUUUGGUUAAAAUUCCAGUCGAUCCAACUCUUUUUCCUAUAGAUAAUAAAGAAAACCUAAAGUUCAAGGCCCAACUAGGAGAGGUGACGUUCAAAGUUGACUCUUCCCAGUUGUACUGGCAAAUUGGGGAAAUAAAGGGAGGUACUAAAGAUGUUAAAAUGAUGGCAGAAUUACAGUUAAUAACCAAUCCAUCAAUUAACACGGUAGAAAAUGUUAUCAACAGGAAAGUAAAAGAUGAAAAGGACCAUAGCAAAGCCCGAGAAUUGAGAACUAACCUCGAAGAAGAAGAUGCAAAUGGAGGCAGACCCACAGCUGAACAUGAUGACUUUGACCAUGACCAUGAGCAUCAUAGUGAUGAUGAUAAUGAUAAUGAUAAUGAAACCGACAGAGGUAUUAGUGAAUUGGACAGUUAUUAUGGGGUAAACAAAACUGCAAAUCGUGUCGAAUCUGUGCAGUCCAAAUUUAUUAGUUCCAAAUUAGAUGAACCCUUCGACAAUGACAUAUAUGUUAGCUUUGUCAUCCCAAUGCUUUCGUACUCUGGGCUCAAAUUAACAUUCCUCAAAGUUGAAGAAGAUCAAAUGAAGUACACGUCUUUUCCAUGGGUCAGAUAUAGCACAGAGACUGGAAUGCAAAAUUCUACUUAUCGGUUCAGACUUGGGGUCAAUUGCUUUUCAUUGUGUUAG